AUCAUCAUGUUAAUUUGCAAUUUAUUAGCACUGCCAAAUUCAAUCAACAUUGCUUAAUUUCUUGAAUGAUGUGUAGUAUAAUGGAUAAGAACACAGCAAAAAACAAUCCAUAAGAUUGAAACUACACAUGACUAACUACCAGUCAACGCUAGUCAAAACUACCAGUCUCUUACCUUAUUAUCUACAAAUUUCCAACAAUAAAUGCAGCAGGUAGUUUCUAUGAUCUACAUAGUACAGUCUUCCAUAUUAAAAAUUUCAUCAUCAAUUUUCUUCAACUUCUGCAAAACCUUCUCCAACUUAGUGGCAUGUCAAGACCAGGGAAUAAGAUCAUUCAAGCCAAGCUGGUGCUUCUUGGAGACAUGGGAACAGGAAAAACUAGUUUAGCAUUAAGAUUUGUUAAAGGCCAUUUCUAUCAAAACCAGGAACCAACCAUAGGAGCUGCUUUUUUCACACAAAUAUUAUCGUUAUCUGAGGCGACCGUAAAGUUUGAUAUAUGGGACACAGCAGGACAAGAACGAUAUCAUAGUUUAGCUCCGAUGUAUUAUCGCGGUGCAGCAGCAGCAAUUGUUGUUUAUGACAUCUCUAGCAUUGAUACAUUUGUUCGAGCGAAAAAAUGGGUUCAGGAAUUGCAAAGACAUGGAAGUCAGAAAUUGGUGAUGGCAUUAGUAGCAAACAAAUGUGACUUGGAGCCAAAGAGAGAAGUUGAAACAGAGGAAGGAGAUCAAUUUGCUCAAGAAAAUGGAAUGUUCUACAUGGAAACAUCUGCUAAAACUGCUGAGAACAUCAAUGAGCUUUUCUAUGAAAUAGGAAGGAGACUAGUAAAAGCUUUCCCAUCAAAACCUACUGGAAUAAAUCUAAAAAGUGAAAUACAAGAUGGUGGGAGAAAGUUUUUUUGUUGCUCAUCGUGAUAUUUCAAUGUGCACGGAGUACAACAAAUUGAAGUGGUUAUAAUUUAUAAGAAGAUUUUCUGAAGUGGAAAGGAAGCAAUGACUCUGAUUUAGAGUACAUGACCAUCCUAUAUUAUCUAAAAAAUUUACAAUUAGUUUUGUUUGAUGUUUAUCCCACAUUAUUAUUAGUAGA